GUGAGCACCCGGGAGUCACUGGAAGCGCAAGAUGGCGACGGCGGCAGCAGCAUCGGCUUCGGAAGCGGAGGCUGAGCCCAAGGCCGGACCCAAGGCCGAGGGGGAGGAGGCUGAAGCUAAGGAGGCUAGGACGAGGAGGAAGGUGUUAUCGCGGGCCGUGGCCGCCGCGACGUACAAGACCGUGGGGCCGGAGUGGGACCAGCAGGAGGAAGGCGUGAGUGAGAGCGAUGGAGAUGAGGAGUACGCCAUGGCUUCCUCGGCCGAGAGCUCCCCGGGGGAGUACGAGUGGGAGUACGACGAAGAGGAGAAGAACCAGCUGGAGAUCGAGCGGCUGGAGGAGCAGCUGUCUAUCAACGUCUAUGACUACAACUGCCACGUGGACCUGAUCCGGCUGCUUCGGUUGGAAGGGGAGCUUACCAAAGUGAGGAUGGCCCGCCAGAAGAUGAGCGAGAUCUUUCCUUUGACCGAAGAGCUCUGGCUGGAGUGGCUGCAUGACGAGAUCAGCAUGGCCCUGGACGGCCUGGACAGAGAGCACGUGUAUGACCUCUUCGAGAAAGCGGUGAAGGAUUACAUCUGUCCUAACAUUUGGCUAGAGUACGGCCAGUACUCAGUCGGCGGCAUUGGUCAGAAAGGUGGCCUUGAGAAAGUCCGCUCUGUGUUUGAAAGGGCCCUCUCGUCCGUCGGGUUACACAUGACCAAGGGACUCGCCAUCUGGGAGGCUUAUCGGGAGUUUGAAAGUGCCAUCGUGGAAGCUGCGCGGCCCAUAGCUGGCUUCCUUUCCCCUUUUGACCGGGAACAAACCUUUGAUUCACAGCUGGAGAAAGUCCACAGUCUCUUCCGGCGACAGUUGGCGAUCCCACUCUACGAUAUGGAGGCAACGUUUGCAGAGUAUGAAGAAUGGUCAGAAGACCCCAUACCAGAGUCAGUAAUUCAGAACUAUAACAAAGCACUACAGCAGUUGGAGAAAUAUAAACCCUAUGAAGAAACACUGUUGCAAGCCGAAGCACCCAGGCUGGCUGAAUAUCAAGCAUACAUCGAUUUUGAGAUGAAAAUUGGAGACCCCGCCCGCAUUCAGCUGAUCUUUGAGCGCGCUCUGGUCGAGAACUGCCUUGUCCCAGACUUAUGGAUUCGUUACAGUCAGUACCUAGAUCGGCAGCUGAAAGUAAAGGAUUUGGUUUUAUCUGUACACAGUCGCGCUGUUAGAAACUGCCCGUGGACAGUUGCCCUGUGGAGUCGGUACCUCUUGGCCAUGGAAAGACAUGGAGUUGAUCAUCGAGUGAUUUCGGUGACCUUUGAGAAAGCUCUGAGUGCUGGCUUCAUCCAGGCCACUGAUUACGUGGAGAUUUGGCAGGCGUACCUUGAUUACCUGAGGAGAAGGGUCGAUUUCAAACAAGACUCCAGUAAAGAGCUGGAGGAGCUGCGGUCUGCGUUCGCCCGCGCCUUGGAGUACCUGAAGCAGGAGGUGGAGGAGCGUUUCAGUGAGAGUGGAGAUCCAAGCUGCCUGAUCAUGCAGAACUGGGCUCGGAUUGAGGCUCGACUGUGCAAUAACAUGCAGAAAGCCCGGGAGCUCUGGGACAGCAUCAUGACCAAAGGGAACGCCAAGUAUGCCAACAUGUGGCUUGAGUAUUACAACCUGGAAAGGGCCCACGGUGACACUCAGCACUGCAGGAAGGCUCUGCACCGGGCCGUCCAGUGCACCAGCGACUACCCAGAACACGUCUGUGAGGUGUUGCUCACCAUGGAGAGGACAGAAGGUGGGGACCUCGGCGCGCUGCCUCUGGCUUGGGGUACUUUAGAAGAUUGGGAUAUAGCUGUUCAGAAAACCGAAACUCGACUGGCUCGCGUUAAUGAGCAGAGAAUUAAGGCUGCAGAGAAGGAAGCAGCCCUCGCCCAGCAAGAGGAAGAAAAGGUUGAACAACGGAAGAGGGCCCGGGCAGAGAAGAAAGCGUUGAAAAAGAAGAAGAAGACCAGAGGCUCGGACAAGAGCAAAGCUGAUGAGGAUGAUGAAAAAGAGUGGGGCGACGAUGAGGAAGAGCAGCCUUCCAAGCGCAGGAGGGUGGAGAACAGCGUUCCUCCCACUGGGGAAGCUGAGCUGGGCCCAGAAGCCGACCCGGGCCUCUCUGGGAGCAGCGACCCUGCGGCCGCAGAGCCUCCCUCUGAGCAGAAGGAGCAGCGGGCGGCCGCCCGAAGGAGGGAUGUGCCCAGGGUGCUGCACGACAGCAGCAAGGACGGCGUCACCGUGUUCGUCAGCAACCUGCCCUAUGGCCUGCAGGAGCCUGCCGCCACGCUCCGGCCGCUCUUCGAGGCCUGCGGGGAUGUGGUCGAGGUCCGCCCCAUCUAUAGCAACCGCGGCGACUUCCGGGGCUACUGCUACGUCGAGUUUAAAGAGGAGGCGGUGGCCCUGCGGGCCCUGGAGCUGGAUCGGCAGACCGUUGAGGGGCGGCCAAUGUUUGUCUCCCCCUGUGUGGACAAGAGCAAAAACCCAGACUUCAAGGUGUUCAGGUACAGCACUGCCCUGGAGAAACACAAGCUGUUCGUCUCGGGCCUGCCAUUCUCUUGCACGAAAGAGGAACUAGAAGAGAUCUGCAAGGCCCACGGCACUGUGAAGGACAUCCGGCUGGUCACCAACCGGGCCGGCAAACCCAAGGGCCUGGCCUACGUGGAGUACGAAAACGAAUCCCAGGCAUCUCAGGCCGUCCUGAAGAUGGAUGGCAUGACUAUCAAAGAGAACGUCAUCAAAGUGGCUAUCAGCAACCCGCCUCAGAGGAAGGCUCCGGAGAAGCCAGAGGCAAGGAAAGCCCCGGGGGGCGCCAUGGUGCCGCGGCAGAUCUACGGAGCAACGUCCUGGCUCAUUUUCAUCAAUUGUCGCCUCAGAAGGUCCGUGCAUUGUUUGCUCUUCCAGGCGGGGGAAGGGGAGGACCCAGCUCUCUCUGCUGCCCCGCGCCCUGCAACGCCCAAGCGCCACCGCAGCCCAGGCUGAAAACGGCCCUGCCCCACCGCCGGCGGCCACCGAGGUACCCAAGAUGUCCAAUGCCGACUUUGCCAAGUUGCUUCUGAGAAAGUGAGUGGGACUGUGCGAGAAGGGAAAUGCCUUACUUGAUGCUGGCCGGGAAGACGCCCGGUGCCCAGCUGUGCCCUGGCUGUGCAGGACCCAGUGCAGCGCCUGUGACCACACGCUUGCUCUGGUUUAGGUAGGACGGGAAAAGGGUGUCAAAGGAAAAAAGAGGCUUUAAGUGCUCCCUCAUAUUGAGGGCGAGAGGAUGAAAAUGGUCACUCCACAGGCUGGGCGCAGGGUGCAGUUUCCUAAGAUGUGUCUUAAAGAGUGAGAAACAGAUGUGAAACGCGAACACACCGUUUUGAGACCCCCCCUUGUCCAAAUAUUUUUGGCCACCUCUGGUCCCCUUUUUAUAAGACACUUCUCUUACACCCUGCACAGUACAUGUGCCCGUCACUCUUUUAAUUUUUAAAAGACAGAAAGGCAGAUGUUAGUAAUUCACCAGAAUGGCCUAUUUUAGUAAAGGGGUGGGGGGCAAGGGGCAUCACAUAAAACAUCUGAUGGGCUUUUGUUCACGGGGGCGGUGCGUUUUUAUAUUACGUAUUUGUAAAUGACACGUCAACCCACUGUUUUGUUUCCUAAAAGCAAAAUACUUGUGACAUUUGUAUAGGAAUUCUGUGCGCCAUCUGCUAUGGACGUUUUUCUUUGCCUAGUGACUAGUGAACUGUGUCUUUGUCUAAAUACUGAGUUUCAGCCCUAUGGUUUUGUUUAAAUAGCAUUGUCAAGUGCAAACUUAAAUUCUCCCCAUUUAGCUUUGUUUAUUAAACUGAAGUUCUCUUAAAAACUUCUUGUCGAAAGGUACUCAGAUGUGCAUUCAAAUAUGUAUUUUGAAAUGGGUGUACCUUGGUUUACCUAAUGGGUGUGUAAAUAGAACUUUUGUAAGUCAAA